ACCAUUUGUCAGCUAAAGGUAAUUCUCCUAGAAGAGAAAGAUGGCUGUGUGGGUUUGCCGAAUGUGACUCGGCACCGCUGAUGCUCAUUCAUAAAGGGAGCUGUGCCAUGCAGCGGCAGAACGUCCCAACGUGCUAGAAGUGACUUCAAAAAACACUGUUCCUUUCCACUGCUGCUCUGGCAGUAUGGGCUUCAGGCCUGGGGGAGCACAGGGCCGGGGAGGGAGGUACUUCCAAUUAUCACACCAUCCACGAACAACCUGUAAGAGUUAAGGGCUAUGAUCCAUAAUCCUCUCACCAUGUCUUGGAACGGGGCUUGAAAAGCAGACUGUUUUAGAGUCUGCAUUACGAUACGGCUGGUGUCCGUGCGACAGUUCUGUCUGGCCCACAAUGUUCUUUAAAUCAUUAUUAAAUCCAGGCUGCCAAGCACACUAUCUGCGUAUUGAGGGGGACCUCUUCAGCUGCAGUGCCUUAGCCCACUGGCCCCUGGCAGUUUGAGCUUGAGAGCCCUGGUAUACAGUGACAUAGAGAGAAGCCAGCAGGGCCAAAGACCCACAGGAACGUCUGAGUAACUGUGAAGCUAAUGCUGAGAGGCCUUCACUGCUAACAGUCACUGAGAGAACAAAGCCCCCCCCCAGCUGCCAGGACCGUGGGGGGGGGACGGGGGACUGGCAAACCAUCAAUGGAAAAACUCUUAAGCCAUAUUAAGGAAGUUUUCCAUGUGUAAUCAGACACACAAUUUAUUGUGUCCUUCCAAGAGUGGUUGUCUUUAAUUUUGUGAAAUUGGAAUCACGUUCGACAGCUUCUCCAUUCAGCGCUAUGGAAAAGGGGGCAGAGGCUCUGGAUUUUUGGGGCAAAUUAAACAAAUGUAGCAAAUCUGAAAUUUAUUUCAUUUUCGAAAAAAUGAAAAGAAAAAGCAUCUUCAUCCCACAGAGUCAAAGUCAAAAACUAGCCCUGGUCACAUUUCCCUGCUGCAGCCCUCAGAGUUUUCACAUCUUUUAAAUAGGGCCCAAAAGGAGAAAAGGGAGAAAACGGGAGGAACGGCGAGCAGGGAAUUACAGGCCACCCGGGGAAAAAAGGGGAGAAAGGGUCACCAGGAGAACCAGGAAUGAGGGGGCAAAAUGGCCAUCAAGGACAGCCGGGGCAGCGAGGACAGAUGGGUCCCUCUGGCCCGCGGGGACUCAGCGGGUUACCAGGCCCAGCAGGGCCACCUGGACCGGAGGGCAGACCAGGAAGGGAAAUGUCUGAGCAACAUAUUCGGCAGAUUUGCCAGGACAUUCUCAGGUCUGAGAUUCCAGCCCUCAUACAGAACACUCAGCCAAGGGGCUGUGACCACUGUCACACGCGUUCAGGGAGCCCAGGCCCUCCAGGCCCAGCCGGACCACCGGGAUCCAGGGGCUUUCCUGGGAUACCAGGCUCCAACGGCAUGCAGGGGAAUCCCGGCCUGCCAGGGGAUUCUGGAGUCCCUGGGCUAAAAGGAGAUCCAGGUGAAAAAGGUGAGAAAGGAAGUCAAGGAAGAGCUAUGUCAGGCGACGAGGGACCACCAGGACUCCCAGGUCCGAUGGGACCCCCAGGUGUGAGCAAGUUAGGCUAUCCAGGCAAGCCCGGACCCCCAGGUCCGCAAGGGGACGAAGGCAAGCGGGGCAGUCCCGGGGAUGCAGGGCAGCCGGGAGUGUGCCACCCCUCCCUCUGCUACGGCGUCAUGAUGCGCAGGGACCCGUUUAGGAAAGGACCCAAUUAUUAACGGUACCUGGCAGAAGCGACCUGGCAUCUUUACAAUGCAAGAAAAUCAACCGGGAAUAAAAGGAAGUCUUUCCAAUCUCAGGAAGAUCACUUUUUAAUAGUAUUGAGCUCCUUAAUGGGGACACAGAAGUACCUCUGUCUGUUUGUUAAAGGAACAUCAGAAUACCUGGGAAUCAUUGAGCAUGUCAUCCCAACUCCCUGCCGACUCGGUAUAUAUGGACCGAAUCCUGAGAUUGUGAUGAGUGAGUCCAUGCCGGAUCACACAAACAGAAUUCAUGAAUUAAUUGCAAAAAAAUUCAUUAGCGACAGCCAGGUGCACUUCUUCUCCAAAUGGGGCAUGAGAUCGACAAGCAGGCCAGCCUCCCGCCUGGGCCUGAGGUGACUUGGAGGCCAGGUGCUGUAUCACAGCCUGCUGUGGACCUCAGCCUGACAAGAAGAGAUGACAGAACAUAACACAGAGAUAACCUUCCUUAUCCACAGCAUUGUAAUCCUUAAAGCCCAAGUGGCUCGUCCAGAAAUGGCAGAUCAUUUCCAGGCUGCCCGUGGAAUUCAUCGCAAACUGUUCCUCUUUUUACGUGUUUCACCUUGGGCCACAUUGGGCCACCUUGUCCUUGUAGCUUAGUAGCCACUCUUUGUAGCAUUAGUAUAAUACUUGCUUAAUAUUACGAGAAAUCACAGUCAUCAAUAAUCAUGAGCAAACUAAUCAUGUUGUCCUAAGAAAACAAAACAACACAUAAGUCCUAAGUCCUACAGAUUAAUUGCUGGAGUUUAAAUUCCUAGAGGGCUAUAUAACUUUUGGAUCGAGCAAAACAGUCAUUGGAAAGUUUAUCCUUUAUAUACACAUUCAACUUUCAGCGAGGAACCUGCUCUGUUUGCUUCUUUUAUAAAUCAAAAUCAUUGUAAUUUGCUGUUUAUUACAAUGAUCCACUCGUCACAUAAAUAUGAAUUUAAUACUUGCAAGUGAACCUCAGAUUAUACUGAAUGAACAUAAUAAUAAUCGUGACAUUGUGGCCGUAGCCAACAUUCCUCAGUGCUGGUGUGCAAAAAUAUAACUCUAUCUAUGCCUAUAUGUAGCUUAGGGUAGUUUCCAAAAUGUCUCUUAAGAUCGAGGUGUUUGCAGAGCAUUUGCUUCAGUCCUCUCUACAUGGGUAUAUUUAUUUUUGAAAUUAACUCCUCGGUGCAGCCUUGCCAGGUGAAUUCCGCUUUGCUGGUUAAUGUGAGCUUAAAACGCCGCUCCGGGGGAACGCCGUCACCCACUGCCUUACUGGUGUUAUUUAAAUUCGUGUCAUUUUAUGUCUACUAAGGACCUUUAUUUGUGUGAAAGUCUUUUUUAUUCAUUAAUUUUAUUACUUUUUUUGUUGACGUGACUUUUGUAUUACCAUGUGGUAUCAUUAAUAAAUACUUUUUUAAAGA